UAUUUAAACUUGGAAAUGGCGCUUUUUUGUUAGGCAAAAUGUUAUUUGGUUUUAAAGUAUAAGGAACUGGUUUGCAUUUUAGUCGAAUGUUCAAACACGGUUUUAUUGUUGUGAAAAACAUGACUUUCUAUUUGCAAGCUUUUAUCAUAUUUGCAACGGGAGUGGAGAUUUUUGGACAUGAAGGUCCAAAAGUAGCUCCAUUUUCAUCACUUGUUAAACCUGUGAUUGGUGGCAAGACUUCUUUCACUUGUCAAAGUCUUUCCGGAUCGUCUCCUUUGCAGAUAAUCUGGCUCAAAGAUGGUAAAGAACUUCAAGAUUCCUCAUUUAUUCGCAUUCGCUCUAAUGAGGAACCUUCAACUCUGACAAUUGACUCAAUUCAAUCGAGUCAUUCUGGAAAUUACACUUGCAGGAUAUCAAACAGACAUGGAUCAGAUUCUUACACUAGUGAACUUUUAGUAACAGGUCCACCAAAUUGGGUUAAAAAACCAAGUAAUGUGAAAUCAAAAAUACACCAAAUGAUAAACAACCAAUGUUUGGUCUCUGGAUAUCCCAAACCUAGAAUAACAUGGAAAAAACUACAAGGAUCAACAUGGAAUCAAUUUGAUGCAAAUGGUCAACAUAAUCAUAAUUUACAAAUUGUGAAUGCAACAAAAUCACAUGAAGGAAGAUAUGGAUGCUUAGCUUCAAAUGGAAUUGAACCUGAUCUUUGGUCAGAGUUUGAUAUUUCAAUAGAGGUUUUCCCGGCUAAAUUCAAGGAAAAGAAAACUUAUGUCUCCACCAAACGUGAUACCUCACUUGAAUUGGAAUGCUCAGCUGAAGGAGACAAACCAUUAACCAUCAAAUGGUCUAAAGAUUCGGUACUUCUCAAUAAAUCUGGUUAUCAACGAUACACUAUCACAGAUUCACCAACAACAGAUGGUUUAAAAAGUGUUCUAACCGUAAGAUCAGCUGAUUUGGUUGAUGAUGGUUCAUAUCUAUGUGUAGCUGAAAAUGAAUUUGGCAAAGAUGAAAGAAACAUUCGAGUUACAAUUAUUGAAGCUCCACCAGCUCCACAAAAUGUAAUGAUCCGGCAAACAUGGUCUAGAAGUGCUAGUUUGAACUGGGCUGCUCCAUCUUCCAAUGUCUCGCCUGUCUUGGGUUACAUUGUUCGCUACUGGAAAAUCAUUGGUUUAGGAGCAAAUGAACGACUCCGAGAAAUAAAUGUUUCCUCACCUAUGAAUUCGGUUUUGAUUAACUCUUUAGAACCUGGUUGCUUAUACGAGGCUGAGAUUAUAGCUAUCAAUGAAGUAGGGGCUGGACAACCUUCCCGAACAAUUAAAUUUGAAACUGGAGAAGAAGAACCAACUGGAGCUCCAAUUGAUUUACAAGCUAUCGCCCGAGGUCCAACAACUAUUCGAGUUUCAUGGAAGCCACCUACUAGGGAUAAAUGGAAUGGUAAAAUAUUAGGAUAUUACGUUGGUUUUCGCCGCACUGGUGACUUUAAGACCCCAAAUUCGUACAAAACAGUUGAUGCUGCCUCUCAUAAUAAUACUUAUGAAUAUUUGCUAACUUCAUUGGUUAAAGGAACAGCCUAUUCUAUCACGGCAAAGGCUUACAAUUCUGCUGGCAGUGGACCAGAGUAUCAAGAAAUAAUAGCAGAGACUUUGCUUGGUAAUGUUCCACCCGCUCCAAGAUUUAAAGUACUUUCAGCAGCAUCAGAUUCUCUCAAUUUGAGGUACAACGUUGUCCCUGAUUCUACUCCUGUUCAACUGUUGCAGCUUCAUUUUAAAGAAGUUGGUGAAUUUGACUGGAAAGAAUUUGCUUUGACUUACGAAGGUAAGGACACUAAUGAAUACACUUUGAGCAGUCUGAACCCUUCAACUGUUUAUAAACUUUACCUGACUGCUUCUAAUGAACAUGGAGUAAGCGAUCCAAGUCAAAUAAUCACUGCCAAAACUGCUCGAUCUUUGAAUGAUUUAUCAUCCAUCUCUGGUCCAUUUGAUUCAACUUCUCUCCUGGGCCCUGGAUCAUCGUCUUUUGGUGAUAUGGUUUACUUCCCAGCAAUUACUAUUAGUAUUGCUUCCAUUAUCAUUGUUAUUGUCAUCGCAUUUGUGUUUGUCAAAAAAGCACGCUUGGAUGCUUCAACCAAAUCCAAUUUCGAGUUUUGUCAAGCUUCCCAGACAGGAAUUUUGGCUCAUAAUCGAGCCACUGGAACUACUUUUGGAACAGUUCAGAGAUUCAUUGAUCAUGACAAAACAAUGUCAUUGGUUGCUACUGGACCAUGCGACGAUGGUUUAAAUACGCUACCAACACCAUACUCUAAAAUUCCUAUCGGAACAGAGAAACGAAACUCAACAUUGGCUGAUACUCGUCAUUUCUAUGAUUAUCCACAAAUUGCACCGAAAAUCACCAUGUUUCCAGUGAGGAAAGGAGGAAAACUGACUACUUAUAUGAAUCUCUCUAGAUUCUGUGUUUCAAAUGCUGCAUCUUUUCACGAGGAUGAAGACUAUGAAAGAAUGCCCUUUUUACCUCAACCAAAGAAACCCGCUCGACCUAAGCGUGCUGCUAUUUAUAGAAAUGUUAUGCCUCCUCGAUACUUGCAAAUGGCAACAAAUCAAAAUUGGAAUGAUGUAUGGCCAGCCGCUAAAUCGUUUAAUCCGUCCAGUGUACCUUUACCUGUUUUUAUGGGCUGGUUAAAGGGUCAACCUAGGCUUGGGAAAUUCAACAACCCUGAACUAGUCAAGAUUCCCAAUUUCUUUCAUUUGACUCCUCCAAAUAUCAAAAAACAAUGUAUGGCUCUGAAAAAAUUUUGCAGUCCAUGGCCAGAGGGACUUGAGACGGAUGAAAAAAUUGAGAAACAUUUUCCUGUUGAAAUAGUGACAAGAGAUUAUUGUCAUGCAUCACCUACUAUAAGAGAUCCACGAGCUCGAACGAUAACCAUGAGAUUUAAAUUAUCACAACUGGAAUUGGAUGAUCACAGUAGGGAUAAAAUAAUUCGUCUUUUGGGCAAAAGAUACAAUCCUUUAAACGAUUUAGUCACUAUUGAAACCUCUUCGUGUCCUUUCAAAAAGCAAAAUAUUGACUAUGCUUUUUACCUAUUAACAGUUGUUUACUAUGAAUCAUGGAAAACCGAAUCUUGGGAAGAACUGAAAGAACCUCAAGACUGGGAAAGAUUCUUUUUUGAAAAGAGCUCAUCUCGAAAGAAAAUUUUAGAUUUUCUAAAGACGGUAGACAUAAAUGCUGAAACUAAAAAGGAAGAUAUUAAGGAAUACGAAGAAGCAAUCAAAGAUAUCGUAGAUAAUCAAGAAAAUGAUGAAACAGUGGAUGCUUAUGGAAGAAUUCCAGCCGAAUUUAAGGAAAAAAAUACAGCUGUAUCUACCAAAAAAGGUAAUUCCCUUGAACUGGAAUGCUCAGCUGACGGUGACCAGCCAGUUACUGUCAAAUGGUUCAAAGACUCUACCCCAAUCGACAAGGUUGAUCCACUUAGAUAUCAAAUAACGGACGCACCAAAUAACGAUGGAACUAAGAGUAUGCUUACAGUUAACUCAGCUGAUGUCAAAGACGAUGGUCUUUAUCUUUGUUUGGCGGAAAAUUCAUUCGGAAAAGAUGAGCGAAAAAUUCGUGUCACCAUUAUUGAGCCUCCACCAGCUCCUCUAAACUUUGCCGUUCAACAAGUUUGGUCUCGAACUGUGAGUGUUUCUUGGGCUAAGCCUCCUGAGAGUAAAACUUCAAUUCUCAGUUAUAUCAUAAGGUAUUGGAAAGUUUCAUCUCCUGGUGUCAAUGACCGUCUUCACGAAAUAAACGUUUCUUCUUCACUAAACCUACAUUUGAUCAAAGAUCUAGAACCUGGAAGUCAAUAUGAAUCUACUGUUAUUGCUGUCAACGAAGUUGGCUCUGGUGCACCUUCACAGAAAAUCAGCUUUGUUACCGGUGAAGAGGAGCCAUCUGGAGCACCAGUUGAUCUUCAUGCAAUUGCACGAGGUCCAACAACGGCUCGCUUGGCUUGGAGAUCACCUCCUAGAAAUACUUGGAAUGGCAAACUGCUUGGCUUUUAUGUCGGUUAUCGAUUGGUUGACGACUACAAAACUCCGCAUUCAUUUAAAACUGUUUCUAUUGCUGAAUCAAACUCAUCACACCAUGAAUACUUUUUGAGAUAUUUGAUGAAGGGUGCUAAAUAUUCUAUCAUUUUGAAAGCUUUCAAUUCUGCUGGAAGUGGACCUGAAAGUUCAGAAAUAACUGUUGAAACUUUAUCUGGUGAUGUUUCCAACCCACCACGAUUAUUUGUAUCUACAGUUACUACUGACUCAAUAACUGUAGGUUAUUCACUUCCUUCUGGUUCCAAUAAGAUCCAAAAUCUCGAUUUGCAUUUCAAAGAAGGUGAUGAUUCUGAUUGGCGUGAGAUGGACUUUUUCCUUGAAAAUAAAGAUGUCGGUGAAUAUACUUUAACAGCUCUCAAUCCUGAUACUAUUUACACAAUUUAUUUGACUGCUUCAAAUGAGAAUGGAGUCAGUGACCCUUCAAAUAUUAUUAAAACCCGAACCGUUCGCUCUCAUCGAGACAACUUUGCUAUCGGGUCAAUUUUUGAUGGUUCAAAUGGUCAAUAUGGUGAUAGUAGAGCUUUUGUUGGUGUCUUGUCGAUCAUUAUUGCCGUAUCCACCAUCAUCAUUGUCAUUGUCAUAGCAUUUGUCUAUGUAAGGAAAGCUCAAUUAGAGGCAUCAACCAAACCCAACUUUGAGUUUGCUUUAGCCACUGGAACUCUUCCGCUCAAUAAAUCAAUACCCAAUUUCGGCACUGAACGGCGAUUCACCGAUCCAGAAAACACUAAACCCUUGAUGAAUGGUACUAUGACUUUGGAUCAUCAUGCUAAUCAAUAUCCAGUCUCAUAUUCAAACUUGCCAACUGAAAAUAGACACUCGAAGAUGGUUGAUCCUUCUCAUAUCUAUGAUUUUCCACGAUAAUUAUUAUCAACUCUUGCUGAUAUUCAACUGGCAUCUACCAUUUAUCAAUAAUUUUUGCUCUAUUUCCACUUUGUUCUAUCAAUUAUUGCACGUUCAUUAUCUCAAAGCUUGAACUUGCUUUUUUCACUUAGCAUUUUCGACUCCACAAGAUACCAUAAUAGACAAGACUCAGCAUUCAAUUAGUUAGUUUGUUUCUUACCAAUAUUUGACAUUUUUUUAUCAUAAACCAUAACAAUUCUUGAUCAGAAGCAAGGCUAGUAAGAAGAAAGUCAUAAUUGAAAUAGAUUAUCAAUUGCACUUCAUAACUCUUCAAUAGAUUGUGUCAAAAAUUGAUUCUUCGAUCUCAUUAUCUCAACUGGUCAAUUCGUUUUCAUUUCCUGGACAAUUUAUAAUACUUAAUUGAUAUCUUAUUACAUCCCGCUAGUUCAAUUAUUAACUCAUGAUAAUCUUUAAUCUUUAAAAUUUCACUUCGACUAUCUUAGACAUACAAUGCAUGUGUGUUUUCUCGUUUAAAUAAUUUCAUUUCAAAUGGCUAUGAAACAGGCUCAACUUAUAUUCAUUCUGUAAUGUCAAAGUGCAGAUUAUUACAUUCUGCACCAAAAGGAACUAACAGUAAAACUCUUUCAUUGUCAUUAAACUUUACCCAAAGGUGUGUCUGCUAAA